GCGUCAACGUCCACUGAUGACGAGACGUCGUCUGUCAAAUAGGAAGCCCACGGGAGUGAAUAAGUCUCUUGGAAAUUCUCUAACCAAUGAAUGGGAUCGCAUUAGGCGAACACAUCAACGGUCUAAAUAUGACGGGGAGAAUAUUGAAAAUCCAGCCUUCUUGGAAGUCGAAACUAAGAAAUAUAUCGAUUCAACUACUGAAGAAGCCAGCUUAGAAGACUUUCUAGGAAGAGUGCAAUUGUCGGGAGCGGCCUUUACAGCCGAGCGCGGGCAAUUCCAUGUUGUCGAAAAAGAGACGCCGGUUGUAGUUCCAUCCCGAGUUGAUUACACAAACAACAUGGAGUUACAACGACAAUUUGAACAUAGACUGAAAAUUCCAAGAAGGCCUCCCAGAGAAACCUGGAAUACCAUCGAGGAGUUGACGAAACUUGAGAAUGAAACAUUUCUUAAAUGGCGGUCGGAUCUUUCGGAGCUUCAAGAGCAUGACGGCCUAACUCUAACCCCUUUCGAGAGAAAUCCAGAUAUGUGGAGGGAACUUUGGCGUGUGGUCGAACGCAGUGAUAUCGUUGACGCUCGAAAUCCGCUUCUUUUUCGAAGUAAAGAUCUUGACCGAUUUGUGAAGGAAGUCGAUCCUGCGAAGAAGCUACUUUUGUUGGUUAACAAGGCCGACCUUUUAGAAAAGUAUCAUCUGUCCGAAUGGGCAAAAUAUUUUGCGGAGAAUCAAAUUGACGCAGUUUUUUGGUCAGCCUUGGAAGAACCUCCCGUUAUAUCGGAGGAAUGCACACCGUCUCAUUCUACUGAUACUUCUGCAAAUGGAUAUUUGUAUUUUCGUACUCGUGAAGAUCUCAUCAAGUAUUUGAAGGAUAUUGGCCAUGCAUCCGACAUUCCUGGUUCAAAACCAAUCGUUGUGGGUAUGGUUGGCUAUCCCAACGUGGGCAAAAGCUCAACAGUCAAUAAGUUAGCCGGUGUUAAAAAAGUUUCUGUUUCGGCUGUCCCUGGAAAGACCCGUCACUUCCAAACGGUGUAUAUUGACAGCCAACUGUGCUUGUGUGAUAGCCCAGGGCUUGUUAUGCCUUCCUUCACGUUUGGCAGAAACGACAUGUUCCUGAAUGGUAUUCUUCCUCCGGAUCAAAUGCGAGAACACUUUGGACCAAUUGCUUUAUUGUUGUCACGUGUCCCAACACCUUUUUUCGAGCGCAUGUAUUCAAUUGUGUUACCGGAUGGUUCGAAGUCAUCUGCUUUGGACCUCUUGACAUCUAUAGCCUUUAUACGUGGAUUUAUGUCAGCUUCAGGAAUUCCUGAUUGCUCACGUGCAGCUCGCAUGGUUGUGAAAGAUGUAAUCGCCGGUCGAAUUAAAUGGGUUGCCCCUCCACCGGGUGUCGACCAUGAAAUUUUUAAUAGUCACCUAUAUUCAAGUGAUUCAAAGGGUUCUGGAUCUGGUCAUGUUCAGCUCGGACAACUUGAGAAACGUGGUUUACUUGAAAGCGGUGUUUUAAAUACCAAAAAAGUUGAUUCCGCAUUUUUCAACACCGUUAGAAGCCAUAUUCAUAAGCGCUCCUCAAACACUACUUUUGUCCCCGUGUCCAGUUCCGUCGUCCAUGCUACUCCGGAAAAAGGGAGUAAACAUCACCACAAUAAGAACAAGAAGGAAAAACUUCGAAGAUUGAUCAUUAUGGGUAAGAUAAUGAAGCCAGGCAAGGUUGUUCUCGUCCUCCGUGGCAAAUACGCCGGAAGAAAAGCUCUUGUCGUCAAAGCUCAUGAUGAAGGAGGUGCAGAUAGGUCCUACCCUCAUGCUAUCAUCGCUGGCAUUGACAAGUACCCGCUGAAGGUUACGAAAACCAUGGGAAAAAAGAAACAGGAAAAGCGAAGCAAGUUGAGACCUUUUGUGAAGGUCGUCUCGUACAGUCACCUUCUUCCAACAAGGUAUUCUGUUGAUGUUGCUUUCGAUAAAGCAAAUAUAAAUAAGGAGUCACUGAAGAUUCCAAAGAAGAAGCGGUGUGCCCUAGCAGAGAUCAAGUCCAAGUUUGAGGAGCGAUACAAAACCGGCAAGAACAAGUGGUUUUUCACGAAGUUGCGCUUCUAA